AUGGAAGCUCCAGAAGACUUCAGCUUCCAACCCAUCAAUGGCUCCACCCCCAUUGCUGGAUCACCUCCCCUAUGGGGCCUGCCACAAAAACCAAUGGACCUCCACGAGAAAGAAGAUGGUGGCUGUAGAAAUGUUGGCUCUUCGGAAAAAAGAAGGAAUGAUAGCGAUGAGGAAGAAGAUGAGAAGAUGGAUGUGCUGUGGGAAGACUUCAAUGAAGAAUUGCUGAAGAAUUUGAGUUCCAGAUAUGGGUCUGGGAGGUUGCCGGAACUGGAAUACUCGGAGUCGAAGGAAGCAAAGAAAGACGGCGGAGGGCGCGGCGGCAGUAGUGGGGCACUGCUGUCGGCGAGGAUGGCGGGUGUGGUAGUGAUGAUGAAGGUGCUGAAGAAGAUUCUGUUUCUGCAUAGCUUUCGCAGGAAGCUCAAAGCUCGGACGUCGUGA